AUAAUUUUAUUUAUUUAUUACUAAAACAUUAACUAUUAACAAAUAAUAAUUAUAGUAACGAUGAGGACAAUGACAACGGUAAUAAUGACCCGUGCAACAUUGAGCUGUGUUUUGUCGAUGAGGUUUGAUUACAAAUUUCAAGGGGGAUAGGAAUCAAGGUUGAGAAAGAGUCGAACAAAGGAAGAAGGAUUUCAAAGUUGGAGGCAAAGCGGCGCCAUAUUGCCACCGGGCCGAUGUGCGACGAAAACAGACGAAGUUGAAUGCGAGGAGCCGAUGAGGUCGAGCAUGGAAGCGACUUUAGCGACUGUCAGUGUGGACAGUACAGAUCGAGUCUGAGGAUCCAGCACGUUCACUCGGUUCUAUCCCGGUCGCUCUGAAGUUUUCCUUGACUGUCAUUCGGAGCGGCCUACUCUCUCUUUCGUUCCUUCACACACUCUCUCACUCUCUGUCUGCCUGCCUGCCCCCUCGCUCUCUCUCUUUCUUUCCGAACCGUGACAGCGUGGUUGAUAGUUCGUGAUUUGCGAGUGACGCAUUUGCCAAGAUCGCGUCUUCUCCCGUACACAUUUCUUUCCCAAUUGUUCUUUACUCUCGUCUUUUUCUCAACUUGUCACACUCCCUCCUCCCGUUCUCUCUCUCUUCCCCCAUUGGAUUUAUACCGUACAGUACCGUACCGUACUAUUUCGUUCCGUUCGGCUGUGCGGUACGCUCGAUACUGGCGCGCAUUCUGUACAGCGGACGACCACGUCGACGUCGACGGCACCGACGGACGCUGACCGCUGACGUUUUGUUUUUGAUCGACCGUGUGUCGUGUGUGUGCCACCAGUUGCGUGUUGCGUAACUACGGUUUUACGACACCAGCUUCUCUCGUGCCACCACACCGCUGUGCUGUUAAGGUUUCGGUAUUCGACACUAGCCGUCGCAUCCCAUUUCCAACAUAACCAUUAUUUCGAUUCUCACAAUCGACACAACGACACAGAAUAUUGUCGCCAGGCGAUCGAGCGGAAUAAGGUAACCUAGAUCGCCGCUCCGCGAGGAGGAAUCGGGUUGAGAAUGGCGGCGGGAACGUGUCGAUCGGCCUGAAGAGAAAUUCGGAAAGACGCAAGGAUGGUGCUGGUGGUGAACGGGGUCCUGCAGGAGGACAUUCCAACGGAUAGCAGGACCUUGUACGCGGCCCAUCCGGUCUAUCGCGAAACCGCUGCGCAACUUCAUUCGAUGCCGGCGAAAUUGGUUGGUCCGAUGGGCCUUCUUUACGUUCAACAACGAGAAAUGGCCGCGACUCUGCCACACGACAAAAACGUGAGCAUCAUUGGCUCGGAUGACAUGACUACUUGCAUAAUCGUCGUGGUGAAACAUUCCGGUUCGGGCGCUGCUGCGUUGGCGCAUCUGGACGGUGCCGGGACCGAGGAGGCCGCGGCAGCGAUGGUCCAGAGGGUGACCGAACUCGCUCUUGGAUUUCCAGAGGGUCGUUUGGAGUUGCAGUUGGUUGGCGGCUACUCCGAUCCGAGGAAUUAUUCCGAGGAACUGUUCUGCAAUAUUCUUUCGGCAUUUCACAAGCAACCGGUGGAGAUCGAUUUGACCCUGUGCUGCGUGGGAGAGCUGAACACCACCGUAAGAGGCGGGAUUCAUUGGCCGGUAAUUUACGGUAUCGGAUUGAACGUGAAAACGGGAGAAAUCUUUCCGGCGACCUUCCCCGAUAAAGGUCCCGAUCAGGCGUUGAGGGCUGCCAGACAGUUAACCGGAGGCCAACAGGUUCUGGAUGUCUAUGACUGUACCCUCGGGCUGCUCCGAAUCGGUCCGUUCAACUACGAUCCUCUGCGAGGUGUCGAUCUCUGGUUGGCUCAGUCCGAUCAAUUUAUCCUGCAGCAUCUCUCGACUGCGCCGGAAGUGGAACCCCCGCACUUUGUCUCACAGGUUAGAGCGACGCUCAAGUAUAUACAGGACAAUCAAUUUCCGGCCGUGACCGUCUUUCGAGACAAUAGACCGCAUUACUAUCGUCGGGAUGAAACCACCGGUGUUUGGCAACCCAUAAGAUACUAAACACACCGCCUUGGCCGUUUUACGUUCGCUCGUCGACUCGCGCAGGAGAAACGACGAAAGACGGUUCACGAAAUUAUCCUGCCCGAACGAUAGAGAAUCCAAAAAUAGCAAUCGCGAGUCAACCGAGAGGAAUUAACAUUCUCGUAAUUGAAUCGGUCGCACCAACGAGCGGCAUUGCUGGCGCGUGUACUACGUCCCGCGUCCCGACGUCCCGCGUCGCGCACUUUUAUCUUAUCCAACGUUGUUGGCGAAACGACGUCUCUCGUAUUUUAUUUUUUGUAUUUUUCUCUUUUUUUUUCCUCUCUGAUUAUUUAUUAUUCCUAAACCGUGAACACUGUAUCGCAAUAGUAGAUACCGCGCCUCGCGACGGACUCGCUGCAGGAAUUCCUCUCCGAUCUUUCGCUCUCGUCUCGAUCUGUACAGUUCUCUCGCGCCGUUUACUUGUUACGUUACGCUGGUAAAACGAUAACGAGAACGACGAUAAGAUCGUACGCGCUUCGACGUUCGGGUCACGGUUCUCUGAAAAUAACAGGGAAACAACAGACGUGUACAGAACGAUCCAUCGUUAGGGUUUAGAAUAAAUUUUUUCUAUCGUCUUUACUACGCUUAAAAAAUAAGGUACAGGACAGCCGGAUUACGAUGAUACGUUGAAUGAACGUGUAAGGGCGAGGUACACAGUUAUACAGGUUGUUUUCGAAUAACUAAUCGCAAAAUAUUAAAAUAAAAUGUAAAAUAAAUGAAAUAUAAACAACGAAUAACGAAACAAACAAACAAACAAACAAAAACAAAUAAAAUAAAGAUGACGAGUUAAGCACCAAUAGACUUGUUGUAGACACAAAAGGAUUAGACAUAUAGUGUCGGUGGUGAAUCAAGGAUCUGGCAGCUUGUUCGAAAGAGGAACUAUGUCGGGAGAGUACAAAUUUCUGUAGGAGAAGUGUUGUAAUAAUGGAAGGAGGAUAUCUAAGAGAAGGGAGUUAUAAAUUUCGACGUGUGAUAUUUAGGAAUAGAGAGAGAUGACUGGUAAUGAGUAAGGAUGCGCAUUAGCAGUGGUCAUAACCAUUAACAUACAACGUCCGAUGUAGGCGAUUAUGAAAAAGGGUUGUGAUACCUUAAAUUCUUGAUAGGAACACUUGAAUUCUAAUUGUUUUCAGUAUGGUAGGGCAAUUAGUAUGUUUAUUUAGGAGAUUGUACAUUAAACUUACAUCAGCCAUUGUUCUUACUUGUUUUCUUUCUUCUUCUUUUUUCAGCAACCGUGUUCGCGUUAUCUCUAUAAUUACAUAUUAGUCUUACGAAUCGAAGUUUC